AAUAUUUUGCAUGAAACUAUCGGAACGAAGCAAAUAAGAUAAACAAGAAAUGAUAUGUUUUAAUACGAGCAAUAUCCUAAUUGAAAUUAAAAAAACUGAUGGUUAGAUAUGGCAGAAAAACUGCCAGCCAAUAGCGACUCUGGAACGGAGAGCACUGAAGAGGAUGAAGAAGUUGAGCCCAAAUUCAAGUACCAGCGCAUAGCCAACGAUCUCAGGAAUAUACUCAACGCAGACGUGGUCACAUGCACUGCUGUCCAUUUAAAGUUUCUUAUAUUUGGCACGUUUCGAGGUCGCGUCUACUUGCUGGAUCACCAAGGCAACUCGGUUGAGUCCAAUCUGAGCAACAACGAGCAGUACACGCACAAAGUGGCAGUUAACCAGGUGGAUGUCGACCAAAAGGGCGAGUAUGUUGCCACAUGCUCCGACGAUGGCAAAGUCAACAUCACGGGUCUCUUCAGCUGCGAGAACAAUCAGAAUCUUAGUUUUGGAAAAUGCAUCAAAGUUGUGGCCUUAGAUCCAGAUCCAAAGUCUCGCGUCAGACGGUUCAUAGUGGGCGAAGACAAACUCAUCCUUUACGAGCGAAAUCUUCUCAAGAAGCUCAAACCCACCGAACUGUGUGCAGUCGAGGGCAGUGUCUUGUCCAUUUGUUGGCAGGGAAACUUUGUGGCCUGGGCAAGCCACUUGGGCGUUCGUGUCUAUGAUUUAAGUGAGAAGUGCUCUUUGGGACUGAUGAAAUGGGAAGUUCCUUCGCAGGCGCGUCUCGAGAACUUUCGUUGCCACUUGCGUUGGUCCAAUGAGCACACAUUGCUCAUUGGCUGGGUGGACACCAUAAGGAUUUGUGUUAUACGCAAGCGGAAUGGGAUUGAAGCCGCUUCUAGCAAUUUACCGGGCUAUGUUGUGGAUCCCGUCUCGACAUUUCAAACUACUUUCUACAUUUGUGGACUGGCCCCACUGGCGUCCAGUCAGUUAGUGGUACUUGGCUAUCGUAAAGAGCGCAGCGCAACCUACAAAGCGCUCCGACCCGUGCUGUGCGUCAUUGAGUACAAGAUGAACAGCAGCAAAGAGAUCUGCACAGACAGUCUGACGCUCCGCGGCUUCGAGGAGUACACCGUCAACGACUACAGCCUAGGCUGCAUAAUUGAAGAGAAUCGGUAUUUUAUUGUGGCUCCCAAGGACAUAGUGGUGGCCAGUCUUAUAGAAACGGACGAUCGUGUUGAGUGGCUGAUAAAGCACAGUAAAUUCGAGGAGGCUAUCGACCUUAUAUCAACACACGGCGGCAGCUUGCCGGUUCUUUCAGUUUCCAGGUUGUACAUAAACCAUUUGCUGACCCUCAAACAAUACGAAGAUGCUGCCAAACUUUGUCUGCGUAUGCUGGGCAACAAUAAAGCCCUUUGGGAAGAGGAAGUCUUCAAGUUUGUCAAAUGCCAACAAUUGCGAGCUGUUAGUGCCUACUUACCGACAUCCGAGAACUGCAAGUUGGAUCCCCAUGUCUAUGAAAUGGUUUUGUACGAGUUUCUGAAGUUUGAUGUCAAUGGCUUUCUUAACCUGAUCAAAGAAUGGCCGCCACAGCUCUACGAUGGGUUGGCGGUGAUAAACGCCAUACAUGAUAAUUUUCGCAAACAGAAUGCAAACGAACUGCUAGAAUCGCUUGCCCUGCUCUACUCGUAUCAAGGGGACUACGAGAGCGCUUUGCGGAUGUAUUUAAAAUUGCAGAACAAGGAUGUUUUCGAACUAAUACGUCGCUAUGAGCUCUACGGCGUAAUUUCUAAAUUAAUCAUUCCACUCAUUCACUUGGAUCGCGAAAGAGCCUUCAAGGUAUUACUGGACAAAAAAAAAAUAAAGCCUGAAGUCGUCGUGCAGCAGCUAGAACAGAAUCAGGAGUACCUAUACUGGUUUUUGGAUGACCUUCAUAAGAUUGACAGCAGCAAUGUAUUCCAACACAAGUUAGUUGAGUUGUAUGCAAAAUACGAUCGGUCGAAGCUAUUGCCCUUCCUACGACGUUCCAAGGAGUAUGUCAUACAGGAUGCGUUGGCCAUUUGCAAGCGCGAAGGUUUCUAUCCGGAAAUGGUAUACUUGCUGGGCUGCAUGGGCGGAGUAGAAGCUGUAGAGGCCCUUAAUAUUAUUAUUCACAGUAUGAGUGACAUUGAAAUGGCAAUUGAGUUUUGCAAGGAGCACAAUGACAAUGAUCUGUGGAAUGUGCUUAUUGAUGAGUCCACCAAGCAGCCCGAAAUUGUAACGAAGGUCUUGGACGGCAUUGUGGACUAUGUGAAUCCAGAGAUAGUAGUUAGUAAAAUUAAACUUGGACAGACCAUACCAAAUCUGCGUGAAUCAGUAAUUAAAAUGCUCUGGCACUACAACACACAAGAGGAGGUGCUCUCCACAGCCCAUGACAUUCAACUGGAUGACUAUUUUGACAGCCAUUCGGAAGUUGUUGCAUUGCGGCAACGGGCGCAGCAUGUAUCCUACGACCACCACUGUCCUCAGUGCCAUCGUCCAGUCAUGAUGAAAAGCACGACCCACCGCAAUUGCCUAGUUGCAUUCAAAUGUGGUCAUAUCUACCACGAGUUGUGUAUGCCUGGCGGUAUGACCAACGGGCAAUGCGCCGAAUGCAAUAUGGUCAACAGUGAUCCAAGCGAGGAGUAGUGCGGUUGUGUUUCACAAUCAACAAAUGAAAUUUCUGAGGAAGGGUUAGUCUCCCACUCUUUCCCUCUUCUUCAGGAUGCAUUUUUCAACUGUUACCUUUAAGAUUUGCGUGAAUGUUUAUUUAUUGCUUUUAAAAUUUAAAAUAAAGAUUGAAUUUGACGUCGA